UUCCGCCGAUACCGCACUCCAUCUUUCACCCCAUUUUCUCUUCUCCUCCUCAUAAUCAGUAGUUUUCUGCUCUGUUUCAUUGCCAUGGACAAGCUUCUGAGGUUACUGUUCAUCCUCUUUCUCAUAACUCUUCCAACACUGGUUUUAGGAGACUGUACAUGUGACAAAGACGAUGGAGAUCGAGACAAAAAUAAAGCUCUUAGAUAUAAGAUAGCAGCUAUAGUUGCCAUACUGGCUGGUGGUGCAAUUGGGGUGUGUAUACCGAUUCUAGGGAAGACGAUACCGGCUCUUCACCCUGAAAAGAAUGUAUUCUUUAUUAUAAAGGCGUUUGCAGCCGGAGUGAUUCUGGCGACGGGGUUCAUUCACGUACUUCCUGAUGCUUUUGAGAACUUAACCUCGCCCUGUCUCAAUGAGAACCCUUGGGGGAAUUUUCCAUUUACUGGCUUUGUGGCGAUGGUAUCGGCCAUUGGGACACUGAUGGUGGAUGCUUGUGCAACCUCUUACUAUAGUAGGUCUCACUUCAAGAAUUCUCAGCAAGCUGUGGGAGAUGAAGAGAAGGUUGGAGAGCAUGAAGGUCAUGUUCAUGUUCACACACAUGCCACUCAUGGCCAUGCUCACGGAUCUGUAUCUUCUGCUGAGGAAAUGGGUUCUGCAGAACUCAUCAGACAUCGUGUGAUUUCUCAGGUUUUGGAAUUGGGAAUUGUGGUGCAUUCUGUAAUCAUUGGAAUAUCAUUAGGAGCGUCUGAGAGUCCAAAAACAAUAAAGCCUCUGGUGGCUGCUCUCACCUUCCACCAAUUUUUUGAAGGCAUGGGCCUUGGAGGUUGCAUUGUUCAGGCCAAGUUUAAGGUUCGGGCUGCUGCAAUUAUGGCGCUGUUCUUCUCCCUUACAACCCCAGUUGGGAUAGCGAUUGGGAUCGGGAUAUCGAAUGUUUAUGACGAAAACAGUUCAACAGCACUCAUAGUUGAAGGGAUUUUCAAUGCUGCAUCGGCCGGAAUCUUGAUAUAUAUGGCGCUGGUGGAUCUUCUAGCAGCGGAUUUCAUGAACCCAAGGAUGCAGGGUAAUGGAAGGCUUCAAGUUGGGGCCAAUAUUUCACUUCUCGUUGGGGCUGGUUGCAUGUCCCUCCUGGCCAAAUGGGCUUAAACCUCACCUCUACAAUGGUAAAAUAUAAAAUUUGAGUAGAGCAAUAUUUUCUUGUGAUAUAUCACCAUGUAAAAUAUGAUUUUUUUUGUUUUUUUUGAGUAAUUUCUUAGCAACUUCAAGCGUCUCUAUCUUUAAUUUUAUGUGGACAUUAUGGGUUGGGAUUUCCCAAUUUAGGCCCACACUUGUUUUGACAAUAAUAAAGUUCCUUUUCGAAGUGUUUGUUAUGUGGA